AUGGAUAAAGAUUAUCCGACACCGAACUUUUUAAGUGAAUACUCAUACAGUAACGAUGAUAAGAGCUCCCGUAUGAUAGACCACAUGUUCAAGAGAAACCUUCAGAAACAAAAGCAAUCCAUGCCGCAGCAGCAACAACUGUCUCCUUCUGGAUUCGGAGCAACGCCAACUUUUGAUAAAAUGAGCUUUGCAGACGUGAUGCAGUUUGCGGACUUUGGUCCGAUGCUGGCGUUAAACCAGACCAGAAGCCAAAACGAUCAAGAAACCUGGAUGGACCCGUUUUAUAUCUUAAAGUUCCCAGUCUUCAACGGGGACCAUAACCAAACACAUCAUCUCAUGUCUCAAGAAGGGGUGUGUGAAGAAAACAUAAGCAAUAUGUUUCUUGAAGAACAGGAUAAUCAAGAAGAGAAAAACGAUAAAAACUCCAUGCAACUCCGUUAUAUUGGAGGAGAAGAAGAUAGAGAGAACAAAAACGAUACGACAAAGGAGGUGAAGAAGAAGAGGAAGAGAGCUAGAACAAGAAAGACCAGCGAAGAAGUGGAAAGCCAAAGAAUGGCUCAUAUUGCGGUCGAGAGGAACCGUAGGAAGCAAAUGAACGAGCAUCUUCGUGUCCUCAGGUCUCUAAUGCCUGGUUCCUACGUUCAAAGGGUAUGGUUACGUAUUUACUUUUUGUGAUUUUUUUCAUAUAUAACUAAAACUGUGAACUAAAUAUUAUAAAUUAAUGUAUAGGGAGAUCAAGCGUCAAUCGUAGGAGGGGCAAUAGAAUUUUUAAGUGAGCUGGAGCAACUCCUACAAUGUUUGGAAUCACAGAAGCGUCGAAGAAUCUUGGGAGAAACCAAUGACAUGCAUGGUGGGGACAUGACCACGACAAUGAUUACUUCUUCACCCAUAACUUCAACUAACCCGUUGAUUAUUACCGGAAAUGUAACCGAGUUAGAGGGUGGAGGAGGGAUUCAGGAGGAGAAGGCGGAGAAGAAGUCGUGCUUGGCAGAUGUGGAGGUGAAGCUGCUAGGGUUUGACGCCAUGAUCAAGAUACUUUCAAGAAGACGUCCCGGACAACUGAUUAUGACUAUAGCUGCUUUGGAGGAUCUUCAUCUCUCUAUUCUUCACACUAACAUCACUACCAUGGAACAAACCGUCCUGUAUUCCUUUAAUGUCAAGGUAAGUUUCAUUAAUGUUUACUUAUCAAAAAGAAAAAAGUUUCACUAAUGUUUGCAUUAUAAUCAUAGACAUUUAUAUAUAGUACGUAUAAAGUUUGUUGAAGUCAUAGGUUAGGAUUCCUAUCAUAUACCUAAAUAUAUUUUAAUAUAAGCCGUAAUGAUGUUCCAAACAAAAAAUAAAUAAAAUAAGCCGUAUUGAAAAAUAUAAUCUAGUAUAAUCAGCCAAUAUUCAUAUAAGACAUUACAUGAAUCAUAAAGAGUUACAAAGACGCGGUGUAUUAUAUUGAUUAGUAUUGUUAUACAGUUAUGUAGAAAAAUUGAUAAAGGCUAACAUGAUGUGAUUUAAAACAUGUGCAGAUUACAAGUGAGACAAGGUUUACGGCAGAAGACAUUGCAAGUUCAAUCCAGGAAAUAUUUAGUUUUAUUCAUGCAAAUACCACCAUGUAAUGAUUCAUCUGUAUUCUCCUGUUAUUUCCGUUAAAUUUACUUUUCGUCAGUUCAUGUUGGCUUAAUUUUAGGUGUCGUUUUGUACCCUUUAGAUGUCAUUAUUAUCUUUUCUGAAGUGAAAUAUGAGACAUCGAAUCAUCAAGAAAGGAUUAAUAUCUGAAGCUUUUGCUAAUGGUUAGAAACAAUCUUAGUUUCUUAAAUAAGCUCGUUACACCGAAGGUUGUACGGUGGACGAUUAUUUUUUGAGAUUUGUUUA